GCAACCUUAGCCACUCCUUUUAACAUGUGGCUCUUUGUAAUAAAAUAAUGGUAGUCAGGGUUUCCAGAGAGAUUGUGAUUUGAAAAGUGAGCAUGCCAGCUAAUAGCUGUGGUAACAGGCUGCACUCUGUGAAAUAAUACCAAUAUAGUGACCUCCUAGAGAUUCGCUGUGCUUCAGAGCUCAAUAGUGAAUGUGCAGCAUUGUUCAGCAAUGAAAGGUCUGAUAGCUGUAAGUAUGUCUGGACAGAGGAAGAGAAACUGAUUUUAAACUUGUGGCCUCCUUAAAACUGGGCUUAGAGGAAGUGUGGCGUAGAAAGUAGGGGGGGGGGAAGGAGGAGAAUUUUUCUGUUUGUGCUAUACAAUCUGAAACAGGUUGUCUUACCAGUCUCUCAGUUGUAGGUUGUGUAUCCCCUAGGCGGGAAAUUUUACAGCUCAGCCCUUUACCUACUACAGAAGAAAAGAGAAUGUGGAAGGAUUUAUUUCUUUUCUUUCCAGUUCAUGAGCUCUAUGGUGGGAUAUUAACUGGAAGCUUGUCUCAGGACAACAUAGGAAAACUCUACUUGGAAUGAAGGAAAAGAAUGAAAAAGACAAGAGGAGCUUCACUGAGGAUUUGUAGUUUAAAGUUCUUAUUUUGAGCCCAGGAUUUAGAAGAAAAUAAUGUUGCUUUCUUGGUCUUUCUUUUAAGGAAAAAUGCCUAUGGAUGACUACCAUUUGCCUCUUGAUGUCUUACCGGCUGUGACAGAGAGCACUGGCCCCAGAACAACAAAAGAAGAUUUGUACAGAGGGAACAGAUCUUUUCACUACUGUGGAAUAAAUACCAUGGAAUUGUCAGACAGCGACCGUCCUGUCAGCUUUAGUUCUACGUCCUCCUCUGUCUCCUCCAGGGAUAGCCACUGUUCCUUUGGAAGCAGAAUGACCUUAGUUUCGAACAGUCAUUUGGGUUUGUUUAAUCAGGAUAAGGAAGCAGGCGCCAUAAAACUAGAACUGAUUCCAGCCAGCCGAUUUUCCAGCAAGCCGCUACAAAGAAAUAAUCCCACAGAGCAACAGAACACCAAGGAAAGCCUUGAAAAAAGGCCAGAUAUGCCACGGAAAGCAGAAUCUAAGGGAACAAACAAAAACUGUGCCAUGUCCCUGCUCACAGAGCCCACAAGUCCAAAGCUCCUCUAUGUUGACAGAGUUGUCCAAGAGAUUCUGGAGACUGAGAGAACAUAUGUGCAGGAUUUGAAGAGCAUUGUGAAGGACUACCUUGAUUGUAUCACUGACCAAUCCAAGCUUUCCCUGGGGUCAGAAGAACGAUCAGCCCUGUUUGGAAACAUACAAGACAUCUACCAUUUCAAUAGUGAACUUUUGCAAGAUUUGGAAAACUGUGAAAAUGACCCUGUGGCUAUUGCAGAAUGUUUUGUUUCCAAGAGUGAAGAUUUUCACAUAUAUACACAGUACUGCACCAAUUAUCCAAGGUCAGUGGCUGUGCUAACAGAAUGCAUGAGGAACAAGACACUGGCCAAGUUCUUCAGAGAACGGCAAGAAGCUUUACAACACUCCUUGCCCUUGGGAUCAUAUCUCUUAAAACCUGUCCAACGAAUAUUAAAGUACCACCUGCUACUUCAUGAAAUAGAAAACCAUCUUGACAAGGACACUGAGGGCUAUGAUGUAGUGCUAGAAGCCAUAGAUACAAUGCAGAGAGUGGCAUGGCAUAUUAAUGACAUGAAGAGGAAACAUGAACAUGCUGUUAGGCUGCAGGAGAUACAAAGUUUACUUACUAACUGGAAAGGGCCGGAUCUCACUAGCUAUGGGGAGCUGGUUUUAGAAGGAACAUUCCGCAUUCAACGAGCCAAAAAUGAGCGCACUUUGUUUCUCUUUGACAAACUGUUGCUUAUUACAAAGAAGAGAGAAGAAAUGUUUACAUACAAAGCUCAUAUAUUGUGUGGCAAUCUCAUGCUUGUUGAAGUAAUACCAAAGGAGCCACUUAGCUUUAGUGUCUUCCACUACAAAAAUCCCAAGAUGCAGCACACUGUGCAGGCUAAAUCACAACAAGAUAAACGCCUUUGGAUUCUUCACUUGAAGAGAUUAAUUCUAGAAAAUCACCCAGCUAAAAUUCCUGCUAAGGCUAAGCAGGCAAUUCUAGAAAUGGAUGCCAUACAUCAUCCAGGAUUCCAUUAUAGUCCGGAGGGAGAAAUGAAAGCAUCAUAUAAUUCUAAAGAAGGUCUUACCCCGCGGAGGGUGAGAAGGAAGUCAGAACCUUCAUCCAGAGUUCAUAAAGUUAUGAAGCCAAGCGAAAUAAGUCCAGAGAUGCACAAGCGGAGCAGUAUUGAAGGAGCCCUACUAUCUCAAGCUGCCAAAUUGGGAUCAAAUGAAUCCCUGCUCGGUUGUAGGAAAAAAGGUUCAUUGACUCUCAGUGGGCUUGUGAAUGAAUUUCAAGGAUCCAUAGAACCAGCCUACAGCAGUGAUCAAGAUGAAAAUCUCCACCCAUGUGCUACAGAGCAGACAGAUGCUGAUGAUGAGGAUGAGUGUGAACAGAGUGCACAACAAAAACCAAAAGGAGCUAGGAAAAGACUUAAUAGCCAAGCUACUGAAAAUGUUGAAAAACGAAGAAGUGUUAAUCUCAACAAAUGUUCAGUGCAGAGCUCCAAAGAUCCUUCAGAUGAAGAAUCUACCCAGCUGAAUACAGACCUUUCCUUUUCCUGUUCUGCUAGACAAUCAUCUAGACAGUUUAGCACACCGCAGAACAACUCAAUAAUCAUGGAUAUGCUGGGGGGAACUCCCACGGUGAGAAAUAUCUGGACUGACCAUCAAAUCAGACAAGCCUUGUUUCCCAGUAGACGGCCAUCUCAGGAGAAUGACGAUGAUGACGAUGAUUAUCAGAUGUUUGUACCAACAGUAUCUACAUCCAAUUCAAGCUCAACUGUGUGUGAAGAGAGGGGUGCCUCCGGUCGUCCGUGUAGCUGGCAUGUGGGAUUAGAUAAUCAAAAUGAGAUCUCCAGCUCUAGUCAUCACAGAAUUGUUAGACGGGCCAGUAGUGCUGGUGAAAAUAACUCUUGCCUAUAUAAUGCAAGACAUAGAGCCAAUGAUAUUAUCCAGCAUGGUUCCCGGAGGGAAGUGAAAAGUAGUUCUAGAACUGAUGUGGGCAAUAUGAAUACUUAUCCAGAAUCUUCAGAAGAGCUGACCAUUGAUGAUAUAGAACAUGUCUAUGAUAAUAUAAGUUAUGAAGAUUUAAAACUGAUGGGGCUGACUAGAAGGGAAGAGCCUGAUCAUGGCCCCCAAAGAUCUUCUAAAGACUCUCUCUACAAAAGUCAAAGCAAAAAGACCUUGGAGGAAGCAGCCUCUGAAAAAAAGCAAGCAAAUCAAAAUAGGACCUCUCUUCCCGCUAGCAAAGAUGAAAUCCUGUUCAAUAGAGAGGCACCAACUUUAAGUUCACACGAGCUUAGGAUUGUUGAGGAGAACAUCUAUGACACUAUAGGGCUUCCAGAACCACCACUAUUGAAUUUCAAAUGUAAUCGCAUUAAAUGCACUAAAAGGAGAAGUUUUUUGGGCCUGGAAACAGACUUCGCAUGUUGUGACAAUCUAAGGCAGUUUGUUUCUGAAGAGAGUCUCCAAUUGAGUGAAGAUGAAAGUCCAUACCAUCAUGUUCCUUUAGAUAAUGACUAUUUGAGCUUAAUAGAUAGUUCCUCCAACUCUGAUUCACUCUCCCACAAGUCUGCAGCUGAUAAACUAUCAGAAGAAGUAGAUGAGAUCUGGAAUGAUCUAGAGAAUUACAUCAAGAAGAAUGAAGAAAAGACAAGAGACCGUGUCCUGGCCGCCUUUCCUGUUUGUAAAGAUGACAUGCAGGAAAGACUCCAUACUGGAAGUACACCUAAACUGAGUAAAGAAGUGGAGUAUUCACUUUCCACACUCUCACUGCCAGAAACGCCCGUUUUCCCUAAAAUUUUGAAACACAAGGUAGCUAGAUUAAGUGAGGCCAGUCUCGGAUUUGAUGAAGCAACACCAUGCAAAGAUCAUUCAUUUCUGAGUCUUAACAGAUCUUCUUUCUCCAGUGAUUUGCCUUUUAUAGACAGCCCUUAUGAAUCUGCCAAUAGUAUUCUAUCCAAUGUACAUACAGAAAACACUGACAAUGAAAUGGAUGUCGUGGAUAAAACAAAAAACAGAGUCUUUAUGAUGGCAAGGCAAUACAGUCAAAAAAUUAAGAAGGCCAAUCAGCUUUUGAAGGUAAAAAGUCCAGAGCAGGAACAGCCUGGCAGCCAGCAACAGAAAAUGAGACACAAAGACCUUGCAGCCAUUUUAGAGGAAAAGAAACAAGGUGGUCCUGCUAUUGGUGCCAGAAUCGCUGAAUACUCCCAGCUUUAUGACCAGAUUGUUUUUAGAGAGACUUCACCCAAAAUGCAAAAGGAUGCAUGGGCUUCCCCACAGAAGCCAUCAGCCUUAAGGUAUUCAAUCCCAGUAUCAACAUCUCCUUCUCAUGCUCAGUUAGCUAGUGAACAUUUAAGGGCAGAAGACUUGCUUUUGCAUGCUACGUACAGUAAUGGAGAACUAGCAGAUUUCUCUUCCUGGCCUGAAGUUCAAGAUGUGAAGUCCAAGAACGCCCCAGCAAAGACUGGUCCAAAAAGCAAUCCAAGACCAUUGCCAACAGCUUGUUCAGUGCCUUCCCUUCAGAUUUCUACACGUCUGCAUGUCCCAACACAAAGGUGGAGUGCUAUUAUUAGUCAGCCUAACAAAGAGAAUUUACACCAAGAUCAUAUUUAUAAUUCUCUAGGAAGAAAAGCAAACCAUACAAAGCCACAAGCAUACAACAGGUCACAGUCCUCUUCCUCGGUUGUGGACAACAGGUCUGAGGAACCAAUAACUUACCUAAAUGAAAUGGACAAGAAACAGCUGUAUUCAAAUAGAAACUUCAGAUCUGACAGCCAGGAGUCUGUGCCAAGUGCUGCUUCAGGAUUCACAGUAUGUGAUAUAAAGAAGGAGCUCCCUGAAAACUGUUCAGAGAUGAUUCUUCAGGACUCUCAAAAAGUUCUGAGAGUGAACAAGAACUUGCCUCUAAAUGCACAAAGAGCUACGCUGAACUAUUUUUCUAAUUUCAAAGAUACUGAAGGAGAAGACGACGACGACUAUGUUGAAAUAAAGUCUGAAGAUGAGGGGUCUGACUUAGAGACAUCCCAGAACCAAACAAAGAAAUCAGACCCAAAGAUAAACAAUGUAGACUCUGCUUCUUGUGAGACUCUCUGUAGUAAAAGCAUGUCUUGUACUCCUGCAAAAUCAGUGACUAGCAAACUUGUCCUUACCCCAUACCUGACUGCAUACAAUGAUUCAGAUAAGCUGAAUGACUACCUGUGGACAGUUCCAUCUCCUAAUCAACAGAAUAUUGUCCAGUCUUUAAGGGAAAAGUUUCAAUGUCUUAGCUCAAGUAGCUUUGCUUGACUCUGUCAGUAAUUUCUAAUUGUACUGUACAUGUACAUAUCAGAGUAUGCAUUAGUACAACCAAUACUGGCAUCAUGUAUUUUAAUGUUUAAACACCAAGCACUGUAUUGCAGUAAUAUAGGACAUGUAGAUGUGCAAUGUACCUUUUUUUUUUUACUGUACAGAAAGUUCAAGUGACCAUGUGUGCACUGUCUGGAAUUAAGAUCUACUUAGAUCUUUAUAAUUUGUCUCAUUUAACUUUGCAUAUACUUUACAUCUUUCUCUCCUUUCUCUCUAUGUGGUAAUCUUAGUAUGCAGACUGUUGGAAGAUAGCCGAUGCUGAAUCCAAAAAAUGCAUGCAUAAUUACUGUAAUUACAUAUGGGAGUGCGCAGUUGAGCAUCUAGCCAUCUGAGUAAGCAAAUACGAGUUUUUGGAGCACACUUGUGGAAACUGCACCAACAAACUGAGUUUACAGCUGCACAUGCAUUUUUGCACAUGAUCAUAUGAAAACCAGGCUCCAGGUCUGUAGGACCAGUGCAUAAAACAAGUACUGUAGAACACAGAAUUUACAUUUUUAAGUAAAUUUGUUUGUGAAUGGUGCCAGAUUGAUAACCUUGGUGUCUGAAGACAUUACCCAUAAAUAGCUAAAGCACACGUAGUAGCAUCUUCCCCUGUAUCAGCCUGGCAGAGUGCCCCAGUCCUCUUCUGGAGACUUUUAGCUUUAGAGAAUGGGAGGGUAAUUUAGUUUCUUGAUGAACUCAAUAUUUGAGCUUGUGGAGGUAGCUAAGGCCUGUUGGGAUUGAGGUGGUUAUAACAUGGACAGCUUUUUGUUAAGAACAAGACCAUCAAGAGCACAUAAAUGUAAGUUGUAGGUGAAAGCUCUUAGGUUUUUUGUGUUUGUAAGACGACAGGUUCCUUUGGAUAUAUUUAUAGAUAGUGCAAUCUUGUCAUUCAGUACCAAGUGCUCAUGAAUGUGAUUAUUGGGCUUCUUGCAAUCGGAUCCUUUCUUUGUUAUGAACAUACUGUAGUUCUUAAUGUCCAUUGUCAGCCUAAUGUAAUACAAAAGAUAAAAAGGGUUGUGCUACCUAUAUAGAAAUGAACGAUCAUCUUCAUACACUUCCAUUAUAACCAAUAGAGUCUGAUCACUAGAAGACUUUUUUAAAAGACCUUCUGAAAGGGCGUGUUUUAUAAAAAUGGUAAAAUUUCUGUCUUGACUAUCAGAAAUGUUAAAGGAAACAAAAUAUGAUGGCAAAUAUGCUUGUCAGAAGAAUUUAGCUCAUAUCAUUUUAAAGCAAGAAAGAAAUAUCUUAAGGUUGGGUUCACGUUUACUUUGAGGGCCAAACUCAACUCUCAUUAAAAGUUGUCAUCCUCUAUUUCUGGCAUCUUUACUUUUUGAUUAGCAGCCAUUUGUG